GUUCUAAGCCAAAAUGGCAGAAAUGCAAAAGCUAAUAAAGGCAGACUUGGUGCUUCGUAUUUCUAAUUCUGAAAAGCAAAAAUCCCACGUGGAGUGCUUAAGAUCCCAAGGGUUCAGUGUAGACUUUGUCACGGAUGUAGCCACCAAGACCCAAUACGUCCUGCUCAGAUGUAGCUUCGUGGAACUCUGCAGGGAAGCUGAGAAAAUGAAGCUUCAGAUGCCUCUCAAGGGUGAGAAGGCGGCGACGUUGAAGUCAACCUGCCUGUCUAUACCGAAAUUCUUUGAAGAUCACCUUGCAACAGACAAUGAAGUCGACCUCAUCAGCGCACCAUUCGUACAACGCAAGGGAGACAAAUUCGAUGGGUUUGACAACAAACAAACUUUCUUCAGACCAUCAUUAAGAUCUUUACUGGCACAUCGCAUCCUGUCGGAAUACAAUGCAUCGCCAAACCCUAAUGUUAAAGGGAUACCCCUGAAAGACUGUCUCAUCCCCCACGCAAUCACAGUCGGAGCAUCAUGCAGCGAAAACAGAAGUUCCAGUACUUUCAGGAACCAUUCCAAUCACAAAAACAGCAGCAACGACUAUAAAGAAUAUGAUAAGAUGGAACAAGAGUGGGCAUCAUUUAAGAAGUUCUAUAAGUUUCAACCACUCUGGAAAAUCAGAAAUUACUUUGGAGAAAAGAUAGCUUUUUAUUUUGCAUGGAUAGGAUUUUUUAUCACGUCGCUAUGGAUACCAGUACUUACGGGUCUGAUUGUGUUUUUCUAUGGUGUUGGACUCAGAGUAGCAAGCAGUGUGCAGAGCAGUGGCGACAGGUCGACGAAUGGAACAGAAGGCAGUGUGCAGAGCAGUGGCGACAGGUCGACGAAUGGAACAGAAGGGAUCAAAAUGAAAUUAUUUGAACUGAUGAACUUUAUCCACUUAACAUUCGACAAUGGCGCCACCCCAUUCUUUGCAAUGCUGGUAUGCAUUUGGGGUACAUUCUUCUUGGAGUUCUGGAAGAGAAAGUCGUCCAGGCUUGCCUUUGAGUGGGACGUGAAGGAUCUGCAGACCACUGAACCUGACCGACCCGACUACAACGAACCAAACAAUUCAGGUAUAAGUAAAACACUAUUGCAGUGUGGACGAAUAUCCAUAUCCGUGGCUGUUGCUAUACUCAUGGUCGCCGUGGUGGUGGCGAGUGUCGUCGGUGUUGUAAUCUACAAAAUCACUUUAAGGAUAGACAUAUGCCCCGGUUAUAACGAGCACGAAUGUCUCAUCCUUACAACUAUAAUGUCAUCGUUCAUCAACGCUAUCUCCAUCACGCUUCUGGGCAAGCUGUACAAAAGGCUUGCCGUCCGGCUGAAUGAAAAAGAGAAUCACAAGAGUCAGUCCAAGCAUGACGACGCGCUAAUCAUGAAGCUGUUUGCAUUCGAAUUUGCCAAUAGUUACUCCUCCUGUUUUUUACAUCGCUUUCAUGUCAGAGAGGGUAGACAUGUCCAGUGUGACUGGUCGAGGCGGGAACUACAGAGACAGUUGUCUGGGGACUUGUAUGUCCCAGCUGACCUUCCAGGUCAUCGCCCUGAUGAUAGCCAAGUCCUUCAUCAAGUUUGUCCGUGACUUCAUCUGGCCUAAAGCGAAACAGUGCUGUAGAUGGUGCAAGUCAAAUGUGACCGGACCGAAACAGAGUGGCGCCGACAUUACCAACACCUUACGUAGAGAGUGGGAGAAGCCCGAGCUGGAUGACUU